AUGAAUCCCAAAUAAUUAUCAAAGGUUUAUCGAAAUGACUUAGAAAAUAGUUUCAUUCGGAAAUUUUAAAGAUCCUUCUUAAGUUUAAGUUUGAAAUCUAGUCAGACUACUAGAGUGCAAUUAUGGAAAUAAAAGUAACCUAGAUAUCAAAUAAAUGAGAAGUUGAAACAAUUGUCAGAGUGGAAUGAAUAAAAAUAUAAUCACAUAAAGCUUAAAUAUUAUACCAGAGCUAAGAGUUCCUAAAGUUCAAUUGAAGGACAAAAUACUAAAAAAGCCACUCAAAUAUUUUUACUAUUGCCAUAUCAUUGUCCUUCCCAAACGAGAUUCAAUUCAUGUAAGAUGAUGUGGAAACGACUGAUUUUGGGAGUACAAGUUAUCCUCUAUUACAGUAAACUUCAGAAGGAAUAAUUAAUAUCUAAGACUGCGUCAUGUCCUCAUAUUCCUCCCAAAAGAAACAGUCUUAAAAGUCUCAAUUAUCCUUAAAGUCCACCAAAAAGGAAAUUCAGAAGUAGAACUCAGGGAGAUGGAAAAAAUUAACUCAAUGGUUUUGGAGAUUACAUUAAAGCAAUGUAUGAGAGUGAGAAAUAGAAAAGAGAAUUGUGUUCAAAAUCAGUGAUCAUUAAGGAAUUUCGAUGCCAUGACUCAAGAAUAAAAAGACUAGGGACAUCUAAGUUGUGUGAUCAAACACUUGAUCUCUCUAAAAUUGGAUGUGCAAGUAUCAAAGAUACUAAUCAACUUCCUCCACUCAUUUCUAUUGCUCCUUACUAAGAAGAAAACAUUAGAAUAAAGAGAGUUUCUUCUACAAUGAUAAGAAGAAUAAGAACUCUCAGAUUAUAUUGA